AUGUGGGAAGCGUACGAGGUGGUUGUGUGCGUGCUAACGGUGCUGAACGGCGUCGUCUCCGUGUGCGGCAACUUCACCUUCAUCGUGAUGUUCUGCCGCAAGCGACAGCUGCUGACGCCAAUGAACGCCUACCUAGUUUCGGUCAGCGUGGCCUCGCUCGUCGUCGGUCUGGUGGUAAUCAGCGGUAUCAGCUACUUCAGCCGACCGUACCACCUGGGCUUCGACACGCCGCAUGUCUGCCUCUACCAGUGGGUCAAGGCCUGCUUGAUCACGCUCUCCUCCAUCGGUAUCAUCUACUGCAUGCUGGCCAUCGCCGUGGAGCGGUACCGCACGUGCAUGGGUCCGCGCUCGCGCGGCGCCUCCCUCUCCAGCACCUUCGUGAGCAUCGGCGUCAUCUGGGCGGCGGCGCUCGCCUACACGGCGGCCACCAAGUACCUGACGUUCCAGCGGCUGGAGGCGUUCGCCGUGCUCAUCGACCGCGGGCGCGGCACCAACGUGACGGCGCCGCCGCCCGCCGCUGUCACGCUGAAACUCUGCCACUACUGCGCCAGCGCCGCCCGCAACGUGUGGCACUCGCACCUCGUCUACUUCUCGUUGGGCUACGUGCUGCCGCUGGCGCUGAUGACCUACCUGUACGCCUGCGUCAUCCGCCGCCUGGCGCGCAACCUGCGUCGCAACAGGCACAACAACACAGAGCGCGCCAAGAUGCGCGCCAUCAAGGCCAUGGUGGUGAACGUUUGCGUGUUCGCCGUCAGCUGGGUGCCGUUCUUCCUGGUGCAGAUGAUGGCGCCGCUGUACGCGCCGCGCCUGCUCGCCGGCGGCCGCACGGAGGUCAUCGCGCCGAGCACGCGCCUCUUCUUCGACUUCUGCGUGCUGUUCGGCACCUCCAACAGCUGGGUGCACAUCAUCGUGCUCUUGCGUUACACGUCGCAGUUUUCGGCGACCGUGCGCGAGCUGAGCGCGACCCGCUUCAGCGCCGAAACCUCGCAGACGGUGGUGGCCGUGUGCCAGCAGCACCGGCUCUCUGUGCAGCUCCGCCUGGCCGAAUUCAAAGAGGGCGUCGAGGUGUGA